CUCCCGUCUCUUCACUCCACCGCCAUUCCAUUCGCACCCGUUUCUCCUUUCUUCGUUAUCAUCUUCACCAUAGAACCCUGAAAAUCCAACCUCAACCCCAUUCUUCUCCUUCUCCAUCUCCAUGAACUUUCUUCUCAGCGAUGGAGACCCACGGCGACGUCAAAUCUAAACAUUUCGAAAGACAACGACCCAUACUCGUUUUUAAAGAUUUCAAACACAAGUUAGUGUUUAAUACCUUUCACUUUUGUGUAUUUCCCUUUUCUGAGUUUAAUAAGUAGGUGUAAGAAAUCAAACAAAACCAAUUUGUGAAUAGUUUCUCACAUUUUCAUUCACCCUCCCCAUAUAUAUGUGAUCUAUGUCUCUGAUUGUUUCCUCAGAAAAUCUUAAUAAUGGUAUUGCUUAUGGUAGAUCAAGGAAUCUUUGAAAGUUAGAGAGUGGGUGGUAAGUGGAAAAAAAAUUUGAGUAUGGAAGGUGUUUGCGAAAAUGCCUAAGAGAGAAAAACAAAGUUUUUUAGGAUGUGGACAUUACAUGUAAAUUUGGUUUCUGCUUAUUUGAACAUUACAUGUGAUUAUUUAAUUAAGGUCAUCGGUUCCUAAUUGAGUAUAUACUAAAUGGGUAGAAACAUAAUAGAUUGAUUUAGAUUUAAUGAGAACUAUCAUUGAACUAAUAUAUAAUAAAACUAAGGUCUAUGGUUUUCAGCAUACCAAAACAAUAAACACUUAGUCUUUCUUGCAUCUUAUUAAGAAAAAGAUUUCGCUAAGUGCAUUCAGAGCUUUUGAUGAAAAAGACAAUAGUCAUUUUAUAGUCAUCAUCAAUACUUUAAUAAACUAGUAUGUCUUUUUAUUGUUGACAUUUUGAAAUAGAUGAUCUAGGUUAUUGUAUUAUAUGGAUGUAAAGUAAUUUAUGCUAACAAGAUCAUCUCCGUUCUAUGUCUCCAUCACAUAAAAUAAAAUUAAAAAAUUACUUAAAAAUCGGUGAAUAAGUGUAUUUAGGAGGCACUCAAAAAAAAAAAAUCUAAAUAAACACAUUUUUAAGAGCUUAUGAGUAAAGCUAAUAAAUUUAGAAGGUUUGAAGACCCAAAUAGAAUAUGAUUGAAAGUUGUAGGAACUAAAUAGAAUUUAAAGCAUGAAUAUUAAAUUCUUAUGUCAAAUUUUGAAUCCAAAAAUUGUGUUCCGUUCAACGAACGAAGCCCCACUCAUUUUCCCGGAAAAGUACCGAUCCGUCGCCGCCGGGAUAAUUUCUUCUUGAUUCCGUGAAUUUCGCCUGUUAUCUCUUUCAUUUCUACUGGAAUAUUUCAUUGACUUCAACCAAUUUCAAGCUGCUCAGUCGGCUUUCUUGUUUCUUAAUCAAAUUAGGGGUUUGAAUUUCGUCGAUUUUCAUUAUCUAUCAUGGGGGACUUAAAGAUUCAUAGAGCAUCUGAAAAGCCCAAUCUAGAUUGGGAAGCAUCACUCAAGCAGUAUGAAAACGUAAUGGCUUCAGAAUCAGAAGCACUUAAAGUGAAAGCCACAAUCAAAUUAGCCCAACUCUCCAAAAUUGCCCCGGAAAAUAUUUUGAAGAGUGUUAUACCCAUUAUUGCUAAGCCUCUCGAAGAUAACCCCACCAAUAAUGCAAGCCAAUCCAUGAGAGCCGCUGCUGCAUAUUGUCUAAGAUGUAUAUCUUGUCGAGGUGAUGGUACGUUGGCAACGGCGGUAGGUCAUUCCGGCGCUUUAGAAUCUUUGGUCAAGUCAUUGCUACAUUCUAGUGGUUGUUUUUGUAAGAUUCUAGUGAAAUGUAUUUGGAGCAUUGUUACUUUUGAUCAAAGUAGUCGUGUGAUUAUAGCAAGAAAUGGGGGUUUGGAAGUUAUUAUUUGUAUGCUUGUUUUGGUAAUUGAUGGGACUAGGAGAUAUUUACUGGAGAUUUUGAGUGCUAUGGCACUACUGAGAGAGGUUAGGAAGGCCCUUAUUAGAUCAAGAGGCCUCCCUUUUCUUGUGCAAGCUGCUAGAUUUGGCUGCAUGGCUUCCAGAGAAAGAGCUUGUGAAGCAAUUGGGUUAAUUGCAAUUACAAAACGUGGAAGAAACAAACUUGUUGAGUUGGGAGUGGUUCCAGUGCUUAUUGAGCUACUUCGUGAAGGAGAUUAUGUGACAAAAUUGGUGGCUGGUAAUACCCUUGGAAUAGUUUCAGCUCAUCUGGCCUAUAUUAGGCCUGUUGCACAAGCUGGGGCUAUCCCGUUAUUUGCUGAUCUUCUUCAGUGGUCUGAUCCUAUUUGUAAGGAGAUUGCAGAGGAUGUAUUCUGUUUGUUAGCUGUUGCUGAAACGAAUGCAGUUGUAAUUUUUGAUCAUCUAGUGAAAGUUCUUAAAGAAGGUGAUGAUAGAGGAAAGGCAGCAGCUGCUGAUGUAUUGAGGAUUCUUUCUAGCUAUAAAUACUCCAUAUCAGUUGUGCAGAAUUCGGGUGCAAUUCCAGUUUUGGUGGAUCUAUUACACGAUGGGAAUCACGAAGUGAGGGAAAAAGUCUCUGGAGCUAUAGCACGAUUAAGUUGUUAUGAGACAGACAGGGUUGCACUUGCUGAUGCAGGGGCAAUCCAAGGACUAAUAGGGCUAUUGCAAGAUGACUUAGAAAAAGUGAAACUUAAUGUUACUGAGGCCGUUACAAGUUUUUCUAAAGACCCCUUAUACUGUACUAGAGUAGCUGAAGCUAUCAGCACUCCUGCUUUCCAGAAUUUGCAGGAAAGAAUAACUCAUAUUCGUGCUGCUGAAUGGCAAAGCAUGGUGUCUGUGCAUCAAUUGGGAAUCAACCAAUUUACAUUUGAUCUGGAUCUUCUGUAACUUUUUGUGGUACUUUUUUUCGUAUGUCCCUUGUAAUCUAAGAAGCAUGCUAUUAAACCAAACAUAAGAUGUGAAUACAAACUUAGAUAGAUGCAUGCGCUUUAUUUUCUCGAAUAUAGAAUUAGGACGUAAACAUUUUAUAAACACAUUUAUGAAUAUCAUAUUUUGAUGUUUUCAUGCUCAAGCAUUUACAUUUAAAACAUAACCUGAAAGAAAUAAACCAUACGUCUUUGAGUGUAUGAAAUUGAUAACAUUGUUGAAACGAUGGAAUGUAACUUCUUGCGACAAAUAUUCAUGUAGAAGAUCUGAAACCUAAAAUGUAAGAACUUACUUCUAGAUUACUCAAUAUUUUAUAUAAAGAAAAUGUCGUUAAAAGAAAAUUAUACACUUAAGCAUGCCUCUGAUUAUUUGAAUCUGUAGCUCUUGGUUUUAUAUCAUUUAAAUUUUUUAGUUCAACAAUUGGGGGUGAGCUAAACUCUUAACUUUGAGAUGGUGAUUAGUGUCUUAUGCACUAAACUCCAUUUUAAUUUGGCUGUGUAAUCUUUGUUUUGGAAAUAUAUCUUUCUUUUGGGCAUUUCUAUGAAGAUUCGUUAGAAUGCAGCUAGUGAUAAUUAUUGCCCUUGAUCCCUUUAUUUUGGAUGUGUGCUUUUCUGUUAAUUACAUUAUUUUCUAGUCGUAUUGUAACCUAUCUCACUCUCUGUUAAAAACAUAAGUUUUAUCAUAUAUUAUUCAACUUCAACUUGCGAGAAAUUCUCAUGAUUGAGAGAGUUGGGACCUGGCGUCUCUUUCAUAAGUCAUUCAUGCCGUGAUCCUUAGUCAUUGGAUUGAGGACAAGAGGGUUUGGGUGUUGUACACUUUUGAUGUUUUUAUCUGCAGCUUCACUUUCUCUAUCUCAAUUUUCUCUUCCUUGAUUAAUAGCCUUCAUCUCGUUUUGAUGAUUUAGAUUUUGAAUGUUCCAAGAAAGAUGAAGUUCUUUUUGAGUUGUGGUCCAUGGUCGAAUUAAAACUGUGAUCACUAUUUAGAGGUUUAUCUUUUGUUUGUUUCUCUAAGUGGACCAUGUUGUGUAGGAAAAAAAGAUUAAAGUUAUAUUUUAUUGCGGCACAACUCUUUUUCCGGCCCAAUAUGGGGCAGAUGCUUGCAAUUGUUGGGGUUCAACCUCACCUUUAAUUUGGAAUUUAGCGGGUUAUUGGAAGAAUGAGGAAAUUUUCUUGGCAAACAAAUUUGUUCAUUUUGUGGUGUAUUAAACUGCAGAAAUAGGAACAUUUAUUUAGAACAUGUAAUAUUGAGAUCAAGGAGAUUGUGAAGCUAAGCAUUUCACUAUAUCAGUGCCUUCACUUGGGCUUUGUUUGCUAUUUUCUCCCAUAAUAUUCUUCUUUUCUAUUUUGAUUAUUGUUGUUUAUUUGAUCGUUAACGUUUCUAUUUGUAAGGGUGGGUUUGAAGUUCUUACCGUUUGUUUGCUCUGUAUAACCCAGGUCCCCUCUAUUUGCUACAUUUCGUUUACCAUCAAGAAGUAAAUUGAUUUUGGAGUUUCAUUUUCUUACAUUUAAAAAUAUGUGGAAAGAAAACCUACUGAGCUUAAAAAGAAGGAUCUCCAAGUAGAGAUUUUGUUGGAGAGGUAAUAGUUGCGUGAAUAUUUUGGGCAGAGCUAAAGAGAGAAGUUGCAAAAAAAUAUGUCCCCAAUAUUUGAGGGCUCCUUAUAUUCAUUUUGAAAAGUUUCAUGUAUACUCCCUAGCCAAACCCUCAACUGCUUUUACAGGACCAGAUUAAAGAACUCCAGCUUGUUUUCCUUCUAAAAACAAUUCCACAAUUAAUUAAGUCAAGCUGUUCUAUUCUGAAAAUCAUGUCCUCUUAAUUUUAGAUGUGCUAAAAGGCCUCCACCAUAAGCUUCUCCAGAUGUGCCAAGUAAAGAUCAAACGGCUGGCAUUUUCCAUCUGUGAAACAGAGGAUAUUUCAUAUUGCAGUGUGGGUAGAGACCGCCGUGACUUGAGAUAAUUCUUGCUUGUAACCAGUGAUUUGUUCUCAAUACUUAAAGAAGAGUAGUCUAGAGGAUUACUUUCACCCUUCUAUGGUAUUAGGGCAUUUACCUUUCCGUAGAGCCUUGAACGAUGCCUUUGGUGCAGGGUGAUCUGCAGUUAGCAUGCUGAGAAGAGACUUGCAAUUUAGAAUACCUGAAGGAUCUAUUUUACUAACUAUUUGGUGCUUCAUACUUCGAUAAGAAAAUUUUUCCUCACUUGAAAGAGGUGUGUCCAUUCCACUAUUUAAAGUAAUUUGGAGUCCCUGUGAUUGUAGUGUUGGUCGACACUGUCAAACUGAAGAGUUUUUGCUGCCUAUCUUUGCAUAAUCUUACAGUUGAAGUCUUUUCCAACUUUGAAGGUGGAAAUCUCAAUCAGAUUGUGAAAGUUUCAAAAUAUGCAUCCAUAAGAUGCAGCUUCUGGCUUACUUCUUUUUAUAUCUUUGCACCCAAAGCCUUAACUCACUACUUAACAUUCACAACUUCUCAUGACAUAAGAAAUCAUGCUCUAGAAGCUAUUUGGUAAGAGAGGCAUUUGUGAGUCUGCGACUGGCAUAUUAUCAGUACUCAAAGCUCCUGGUUCUUAAGAAGGGAACCAAUCUAGUAACUAAUAUGAUGCCAUCAAGGUAUAGUCAUCUCACAUGGGAAAUAUCUCAAAAUUUUAUUGAUUUCUUCAGCCAAAGUAAUAAGUUAAAACAGCCUAAGAAACCGGAAACAGUAAUUUGAGAGUCUAACAACAAAGGAUUAGAUCAAGGUGAACUUUUCUCUAGCAGAAGUAUAAAUUUUCUUCCAUUCCUGAAAUUUUUUUGGGAUUUUUCCCAUGUGUGAUCCAAAAAUCUCUCGAGUUGCCGCUUAAAAGUAAACCCAAAUAGUCUAGAGGCCAACCCUCCACUGCACAACAGAAAGUAUCUGCCACAGAAGCUCUUUAUUAUUGAACCCACCUUUAUAAUUAUUUAAGUUGACUCUCUAACCGGAUAGCUAACUUGCUCUGUCAGUUAAACCUACUGUAUCAUCCACAAUAUGCAGAGUUUAAUGAUCAUGUUAUCACUUGCUAUUCAAACCCUCUGUAUGAAGUGGGAGGUUUUUAGUUGAGUCCUCGUAUCCUACUGUUAUCUCCAAGUUGAGUAAUAAUUCAGCAGGACAUCUUAACUAUAGUUGCACUUUGUGACACAAGCAUAAGAUAUGAAAAAGAUAAAAGGUCCCUCCCUCCCCCUACCCAAUACCAAUAGCAUAGGUUUUGAUUGAUAAUGAAAUUUUAUGAUUUAUACUGAUGUUCAGGUUUUCAGCUGAAUUUGCGUGAGACUUUAAAUCACAGUUUCUUAUUUUGGCUGAUAGCCUCUUAACCUCUUGCUAGCAUGGCAAGUAAGUCUCUUGAACCUUCCUUAAAUGAAAGGAUAUGUACCAGGUAGUAUUCAAAUACAUUUCUAAAAUGGGACUGCAGGGUUUAACUCGAUUAGUUGGAUGGUUAAAAUCCCUUCAAAGUUGAUUUUAUAAAGGAGCCCUACAGUCAGGACACAGGAAGCUUCUAUAAUGUACCUGCUUCUUUCAUUUGGUAAUAGAAAAAACAUAUUGGAAAAUAAUGUAGUUUUUUCACUUGACUGCAGUUCCAUGGAAGGUUAAACUAUGGUAAAGGCUCAUAAGAGUUUGUGCUACUUCUUUAAAAAAUAAAAAUAUCUCUUGCUCUGCGAAAAGGGGUUUGAAGAUCAGAUAUUAUUUCUCUUUGUUUUGUUUGUUUAGCUCAUGCUGCAUCAGCUGCUGGAAGCUUUUGGGAUGCAUUAUGUGAAGACUGCAAAUGUACCAUCUCUGACGUGUCGUGUGGUCCUUUGUUCUAAGACGUGGCUGAAGUUGUUUGAAUACCAUUAAGAGUAUUUUGUAGGAAAUUUAGAUGGAAAGAAAUAGUUCAUUUCUAGUGUUUCUUGCUUCUAAUUACUAUGUUCUUUAAAUUGACUUCUGAAAUUAUAUUCAUUGUUUUAUCCUUGCCAAUUGGGAUGCAUUUUUAUAGACUUCUUGGCUGCAACAGAUGUCUAUCUUCCUCUUUAGUAUUACAUCAUUUCUUUGUAAUGUAUGUAUUAUUGCCUUGUCCCAGAAAAGUAAUAAUCUUGUAUACAAAACUGUUUUGUUGUUAAUAGGCCAUAGUUUAUGAAGUUUGAAGUUGAGAAGUUCUAAAUGUGAUAAGUUCUUUUGUCAGAUCUCCAUCCCUAAAGUUCAAGAAGAAGAGAAAAAAACAAUGUCCAUAGAAACGAAAGGAGAAGAAAAGAAGGGUUGGCACCAUAACUACUGCCAUUUUAUAGAGAGAGUUUCUGUUUGGAAUUUGGUUUGUGUUUGCAGGCUUCUGACUCCAUCCGCAGGCGUUUUACUGUAACGCAACCACUUUGUUGGCCGUCCCCCCACAGCAGUGUAGUAUCAGAGCAGGCUGCGGAUUUGUGAAUAUGCCAUGGAAGUAGCUGCCACAGCUUCUAAUGGCAUCCUAGGAGGAGUCGUACACUCACUUGCAUGCAAUCCCCAAAUCUACACUGUUUCAUCACCUAAGCUUUCUUUAUAUAUAUUCUGUUUUGAUUCUCUAUAAUUAUAUGGCAAUCAUAGUAUCUCCAUGUUUAGAUCUCUCCAACUGUUUUAUGUUGAUUAUGACAACUGUUGAAUGUCGAUUAUGACACAGAUGAAGUGAGAGAGAAUGGGGGAAAUCUAUUGAUUUUACUCUCUUACACUUCUCUCUUUAUUAUUUAUGAAUAUUAAAUAUUUGUCUAA